CUAGACUUAAUCAUCACAAAGCGCACACACAUACACAAACUCCUCUUUUAUUCGUUUGGGCUAACAUAUGAAGCCCAACUUUUUUCGUUGACUCUUCUCUCCCUUUGACUUUUCUCUUCUUCUUCUUCCUUUCCAAAAACACGAUCAGCUUCUUUUUCAGUUCUUCAUCUGAUUGUUUAUUGCUAGUUGAUGCUUCUUGUCCUUCUUUUUCUUUUGCAGGGAUACUCAAAGGAGACUCUCAAGAAAUUUCCAAAUAAAAUGAUAGUGGCUUAUUAUAUGUCAUCGAUUCCUUUUUUGGUUGACAUGGAUCCUUCAACUCUAAGAUUUAUCAAGACUUGGAAUGAUUCUUUGUAAAAAAAUGAAAAAUUUAAUGAGAGAGCUAACGAAACCACCGCGUGGAGAAGAAUGUAUAUAUAUCCUUUUUUUGUCCUGGCCGAUUCAAACAAAAACGUAAUACCUUCAAGAAAAGAUUUUGAUUUGUGGUCAGAAGAUUAGAUGGUGAAGGAAACGGAGUACUACGAUGUGCUCGGCGUUAGCCCAGCUGCUACAGAGGCUGAGAUCAAGAAAGCUUACUAUAUCAAGGCACGCCAAGUUCAUCCAGAUAAAAACCCAAAUGAUCCUCAAGCUGCACACAAUUUUCAGGUGUUGGGAGAGGCCUAUCAAGUGCUAAGUGAUUCAGCGCAACGCCAAGCUUAUGAUGCAUGUGGCAAAGCAGGGAUCUCACUUGUUACAAUAAUCAAUCCUGCGGCAAUAUUUGCAAUGCUUUUUGGUAGCGAACUUUUUGAAGGAUACAUAGGACAUCUUGCUAUGGCGUCAAUGACUAAAUUUGAUCUCUUCGGUGAAAGAGAUCGGUUUGAUACCAAAAAAUAUCUAGAAAAAAUGAGGACUGUCCAGAAAGAAAGGGUAGACAAGCUUGCUCAGAUUCUCAAAGACCGCCUUAACGAAUAUGUGGUAAACAAAGACGAAUUUGUUUGUAAUGCUGAAGCUGAAAUGGUAAGACUCUCAAAUGCAGCGUAUGGUGUGGAAUUGUUGAAUACAAUUGGGUAUAUAUAUGAAAGACAAGCAGCAAAAGAGCUUGGGAAGGAAGCUAUUUAUCUCGGAGUACCAUUCAUUGCUGAAUGGUGUAGGAACAGAGGUCACUUAAUCAAAUCUCAGCUAAGUGCUGCAACAGGAGCAUUCGCUUUCCUCCAGCUGCAAAGGGAAAUGAUAAGACAGCUAAGUGCUGGAGUAAAUUUUACCCAAGGGGAACUUGAGGAAUACCUUCAGUCCCAUAAAGGGAUUAUUGAUUCUCUGUGGAAGCUCAAUGUUGCUGAUAUCGAAGCCAUUCUUUCCCGUGUUUGUCAGCUGGUUCUUCAAGAUCCAGAAGCCAAAAGAGAGGAGCUUCGUGCAAGAGCAAGAGGGUUACAAACUCUGGGGAGGAUCUUUCAGAGAGCCAAAACAGCUAGUGAGAGUGAUCCUCUAACAAGAACUGAACCUCAAAAGUUAAACGAAAUUGAAAAGGAGUACGAUGAUGUUGCCUCUACAUCACCAAAAUCCAAUGAAGGGGGGUCACACGUUCUUACUUGGAAAGAGCUGUCUCAUUUAGGCCUACACGUUGUUGGACACGUAGGCCUACACGUUUUUGAACACGUAGGCCUUGAACACGUUGUUGAACACGUUGGUGUUGAACUCUUUGUUGAACAUCUACUUGUGCCCCUAAUCCUUCUUGUUCUACUUUAACAAUGGAGAGGACCAUCUACAACGUUUAUGCUUAAAAUCACACUGAUUCAGUCACAGACUCUGAUAAGAGUCAAUUGCAAGUUUGAUUAAGUCAAAUACUUAAUCUUUGUUUUUUCCUUUUGUUAUCUUCUUUUCAUUGUUGCAAAUAACGUUGUAUUGGUCUUUCUAUUUGUGAGGAACCUAUCAACCACUUUUCCUAUGUUUCCCACUUCCUGUUUUGUAGGAGUUGAUAACUCCAAUUUGCUUCUUGUACGAUCCCUAUUCAAUCAAUGAAAAACAACAAAAAGAAGUAGUCUAA